UCACGUCGGCUGCAGACGUCACGCUGGAAGUGAUCUCGGCGAGCGGGAAAACAUAAAGCUGCUUGUUUUGAGUCGCUUUAAAAACAAAUUUAAAACAAACACAGCGCUUCCAGAGGACUCGGGAAAAUAUAAACACGGUGUUGAGAUGCGGAGGAGCCCGAAGAGGUGGGAGAUAUUCGCGGGGGAAGCGCGCAGGGCCGCAGUUUAUUAGCUGAUCUCCGCUAUCUUUGUUCCGCCUGUUUGAAUUUCCAGCCUAACGUCCGCCCGGAGCUUUUAAACCUGGGUCUGAGCUCUGCAGCCCGCAGACCUCACCUAAACCUCACCUAAACCCGGAUUAAACCUGCUUAAACCCGACUUUACUCCUCACACAGACACUCACAGACCCGGAGAGAAGAACUGAACUAAACUGUAAUGAAACACCAGAGCCUUUUAAAGUCUACAAAAUCAAACAUUAAAGACCCAAAACUGGACAACGACGGGCGUAAGCGACUAGCCUCUAAAAGUAAACAAGCACCAACAUGUGAGCCUCAUAGAAAGCCCUUGACUGGGCGAAUAUUUUAUUUGGAUCUGCCAUGUAACAAACGUAGCCAGACCUUGGAGAGUGACAUAAAGAACCUUGGAGGGACAGUAGAAAAGUUCUUUAGUAAAGAGAUCCGGUACUUGGUGUCCAGUAAGCCUGAAGCUCGCCAUGUGCAGCGACUAAUGCAGGACUCCCCGGUGCCCAGCCCGGACUCAGGGCUCAGCUCUCCCCAUCCAGCCAGCAAGAGGGACAGUACUGGACACCGGGGCAGUUCACAAGGAGCUGCUGACACUGUGGUUGUAAGCAGAGGAAAGUCAUUAGUGGAGAAAGUCGUUAAAGAACAAGAGAAGGAGCGUUUUCAGAUGAACAGAAUCCUGGCCAAUGCACUUGAAUGGGGUGUGAAAAUCCUGUACAUCGACGACCUAAUUUCUUACAUUGAUAAAAAGAAAAGCCAACUUCCCAAAGUCAGUCCUGUGGUUCACACAGUGAAAACAGAUGCCCGACCGGACCCUUCAAAGAGGACUGCCUUUCAGAAAUCUAGUGCUGGACGGAUCAGUCGCCCUUUUGUUAAAGUAGAGGACUCCAGCAGGCAUUACCGCCCCAUAUAUCUACCAAUGGCUAAUAUGCCUGUGUUUAACUUCAAAUCAGCUGUGCCUUGCAGUCCAUUUUUGGUGGAAGCAAAUGAUAAUGAUGCCAAAACCAAGAACCAUAAAGGGUCUGAGGGAGAUCGAGGAACACGGGGCAGGAAAGACAGACGUAAAGGUCACGAGGGCAAAGGUCGGAGGAAAGGAGGCUACUGUGAAUGCUGCUUGGUCAAAUAUGACAACCUUAAAGCUCACCUGCAGAGUGAACGGCACCAGGCUUUCUCCAAGAGUGAGGAGUACUCUGUGGUGGAUAGAGUUAUUGCAGGCCUUCCCUGUGAACUCACCCAUAUCAGCACCCCUAAAAGGGUGAAGUGCAGUGUGUCAUCCCCGGUCCUUGCCCCUGGUGCAGUCAUAACAAAGGUACGUGAAGAGGAUAUUCUGGAAGCUGGAAAGGAGAAGACGCCUGGGUUUCGGCUGUGGAGCUCUCACAACACGGAGUGUAGCAGUGCAACACCUCAGCCAGUCCGUAAGCGCUGCAGGCAGCUCCCUCGGAGUCCUGGAGAAGAUUCAGUAGAGCAGUCUGAUCUGGAGAAAUCCCAGUCCAAGCGGGCGUCAUAUGAAUUGGGCUCCAGUUCGCACACACCUUUACAAAAGACUUCUGGCACAUUGCUGUCCAGCACAAAGAAAGGAUGUUUUUCUGAUUCUCUUGAGAGGAACAGGAGAUCAAUUCGAAAUUAUUCAAGACCAAGGACUUCACUGGGAUCACAGUCAACUCUCCAGCAUGUUAGAAGUUGGCAGUCCAUAACUUCGGGGCACAAACCUGAAAGUGUGGAUUUAAGAACCAUAUGUGCUCCUGAAGGGGCUAACGUUGGAUCUGAGCCAUCUGGAAUUAGCCGGAUAAGCUUUCAGACUGACCAAAAGUCACGUUUGGAUACUGCAAGUACACAGAUCUUUAACCAGAGGCCUCCGCCUAACUCACCUCACACAUCUGUCAAAACUGAACAUCCAUCUGACACAAACCAUGUGACCGCUGAAAGGACUCUCUCCAGCAGAGGACAUGAACAAGACAAUACAGACAGUCCAUCCAGAAACCUGCAAAGGAAAGUGCGGAACUCAGAAACUCGGCGCAGACGCAAAGUUUCAGCAGAGGCUUCACAGAGUCUUAUUUCUAAAAAUGUACAAUCACAUACUUCUCAGACAUUCUGCAAAGUUCCUGAGUCGCACAGUCUCUCGGCUUCUGUCCUGGACUUAUGGCAGCUCUUUAUGUCCAGCGAUGACACUGAGAAUGACUUUAUGGGCUUUUAAGACUAGUUUAAAAAAAACAAACAUGCGGGAUUAUAACAAAAAGAGAAAUAAAAAGAGUAACAGAUUUUCAAAUAUAUAUAUUUUUUUUAUGUAUCUCUAAAGGAGAUAAUGGCUUUCAUAAAAGGAUAACCUGUCAGGUACAGGGACAUCAGUGAUAUGUGUCAUAUUUGUAUAUAUGUACAGACAUAUAUGAAGAACAAACACAGGCAGACACAAAACCUCAGUACCACUAACAGGUGUUUUAGCUUUUUGAAGCAUAUGGAUAAAUACUGUGAGAAGAAACUGACUCUGUACAGUAAAUAUUAAAUGUAUUUGAAGGCA